AGCAAAAAACCAGAAGUACGUAGUAGUUUCAACUACUCAACAUUUGGUUAGAAGUCUGUCAUCUUCAGGUUCAACUGAAAAAGGGAUCCACUGCUCAUACCACGACCUUACAACUACGACAAUGGCGCAACCUUACGACCGUCAGCGUGGUGCUUACUCUCAGCUCCAGACAGAGCGUCUACGAGCUGACUGCUCCUACUACGUGCCCAAAGUCUUGUUGGCACCUGAGAAGACUAUCGACGAAGGAUCAGGGUUUAAGAUUUAUGGCAUGUUGUCUGUAGACCGGUAUUAUACUAUCUUGACGUAAAACAAACUAGCACUCACAAUAAAUACGCUUGUUGCCCUACACCUCUCAUGGCUUUUUCGCAUAUCCAACUCAGUCCCACUUCAUACCUCCAGUGACAAGAUCAAGGAACUUUUUCCCACUACUUGGGUGGAUAAGGCUGUCAAGUUUGGAGCGGGUGCGAAGGGAUCUAUCGAGGGCCCCCCACUGCGAAUUGGGGCAGUACUGAGCGGUGGGCAAGCUCCAGGUGGCCACAAUAUCAUAGUCGGGAUCUAUGAUCAGGCGAAGAGGUAAGAGUCUUUCAUCCUCGUCUUCUUCUAUGAUAACCUAGGCUACCAAAUAAAGUCUUAGAUGCAAUUUCUCCAUGUCCAUUACGCUUGCCAUCGUACUAUGAGAAGGUGAAGGAAGCCGAAGAACCUUCCAGGACCAACCUCUUUAAGACUCUUGCCAUCGUACUAUGAGAAGGUGAAGGAAGCCGAAGAACCUUCCAGGACCAACCUCUUUAAGACUUACAAUUGAUAAUAUGUUCACAACGAACAGGAUCAAUCCGUCAUCUUCCGUGUACGGAUUUCUCGACGGACCCCACGGCAUCUUCACGGGCCGAUACGUGGAGCUCGAUGAUGAAAUUAUCGAUGGUUUCCGAAACACGGGCGGGUUCGAUAUGCUCGGGUCUGGUAGUUUUCAUUAUAAAUAUGCUGUUAGAGCCUGUGCAAACUACGGCAGUCGUGACGUGUGAUGUUGGCCAUCACCAAUCAUCAGAAUAGAACAUCGUUAGCAUCUACUAGUACAACUCAUGAUCUCACCUCUUAGGUCGCCACAAAAUCGAAUCCGAUGAACAGUUUGCGAAUUCUAUGAAGACUUGCGUAGCCCUUGACCUAGACGGUUUGGUGGUGAUUGGAGGAGACGAUAGCAACACCAAUGGCGCUGUUUUGGCGGAAUACUUCAGGAGCCAAAAGAUUAAGACGAAGGUACUUAGCCUUGGAGUGUUCUAUUCUCCUUGGAGGAGCUACUGUGGAAGUAUGAUGUUGAUACCUUGUUGACGUCUGUGUCCGUAGCGGAGCUACUGUGGAAGUAUGAUAUUGAUUUCCUCUUCUUCUUAGGCGUUCACAACGAAGUUCUGCACGAUCGAGCUUCGUUUCAACUUCAUAGUAUACUUAGGUCUCCGAAGAUGUCUUUCUCAAUCAAAUGAACCAGGUCGUAGGAGCCCCCAAAACCAUUGACGGAGACCUCAAAGUGCCGCCGUAUAUUCCAGUUUCUUUCGGUUUCGACACAGCUUGCCGUACCUACGCUGAACUUGUCGGCAACGUCGCCGUGGAUUCGCUGUCGGCUCAAAAAUACUACCAUUUUGUGCGCUUGAUGUUAUGACCACCUCGUAUUCAUCAUGGAGCGGCUUUAGUGCUCUAUUAAAAUCUUUCAUCUUUUUUUUUCAUAAUAAAUUGAGUCUCUAAUUUCCGGUCGCUCCGCUUCGAACAUUGCCCUUGAAGUUGCUCUCCAAACCUGUGCGAACGUCUGCCUCAUUGGGGAAGAAGUCGCGGCCAAGAAGCUCACACUGAAAGACUUGACCAGUCAGCUGAUUGAGGUCAUUGAAAAGCGACACGCGGACAAUGGCAGACACUACGGAGUCAUCCUGCUGCCAGAGGGGUUGAUUGAAUUCAUACCUGAAUUUGAAGCCCUAAUCAAGGAGAUCAACGACAUUUUGGCCAAAGUGGAAGGCAUUGCGCCAGAAGAUGCGAGUGCGCAUGUGGUAUUCUACUUGUUAAAUCUUUAUUGGACUUCUGGGUUUUACUUCUAUUUCGAUACCUUCUUUCGCUUGAAGAUGCCUUCCUAUAUUCGGUUUCACCACAAUCACCUCCUCUUGACACUUUUCAUAUUUUCAGGUUUCCCACCUUUCUCCGACGAACAAGGCUGCUUUUCUAUACUUGCCGGAUUUCAUUCGAGGUCAGCUGUUGUUGGACCGAGAUCCUCAUGGGAACGUACAGGUCGCGAAAAUCGAGACUGAAAAACUUUUAGCAGCCACCGUCAUGAAGGAAUUGGAGAAGAAAUAUGGAGCGAAGCUUGCCCAUCUUAUCUUCAAUCCACAGUUUCAUGCGUUUGGGUACUGAGCCUUUUCUUGCUCAUGACUGGUAGUUCUUGUUCUUCCCCAUGUUGAUAGGCAUCUUUUUAACUUACAAGCGUUUACAAGAUUGUCUCAUAGUGAAUUUUCCGCGAACUAAGAUCCAUCUUCCCUCCAAACAACAACUCCAAACUACAACAACUCCGUUAGAUACGAAGGCCGCGCCGGUCUUCCCUCCUUCUUCGAUAGUUCUUACUGCUACGCACUCGGCGCAACCGCGUCGUCACUGCUUGCUGCAGGUGAGACGGGCAUGAUCGCUUCGGUCAAAAACCUCGCAGCUCCGAUCUCAGAAUGGGAGUGCGGAGGCGUGCCAGUGACAGCACUGUGCGUGUUAGUUACGGCGAGUUGGUCACUAUCUACUGUAGUUUUUAGCAGUGCUGAGUAGAUUCCAUUUUAUUUUUUGAAAUUUCAAAGGGAUUCUUCAUGUUCUUGUUCAAUGAACAUUUUGAUUUUCAGGGGCAGCACAAAAGGAAUCUACGGAACGAAACAAGGAUAGUGAUUGGCUGGCGUUAAGGGAGAACGCAGAAAGGGCAAAGAUAAGCCGGUCAUUGAGAAAGCACUAGUAGAAUUGGAUGGCAAACCCUUCAGAACUUGGGUCAGUAUUCGUGACAAAGUGGCACUUUUGGACUGCUACAGGAAUCCGGGACCUUUGCAGUUCUCUCUGCAGUGUCCUUUGUCCCAAGAGAUUCCCAUCACCUUGCAAUUGGAACUCGGAUGCGAAUACAGCUACAGUUAUGGAGGGUAUAAACCUUGCAAGCGAGAGUGUCAAUGAUAUCGAAAUCCUGUUUGUCCUAAGUGGAUGAUCAUUAUACUUACUCAGAAGUUUUUUUGACACGACUAUUUCUAGAACAUCCUAGUACUUUCCCUCACUCACCUUCUAACUCUUUGCAGUUCUCGACAAGGGCGACGCCAUCGUUCCUCACGCAGUUGAUUUCCCGACAGUAGGAGACAAAUUCGCCUUUUUCGGCAAUAGACCACGCAGUGAAAUGCAAUCCUGGCGAUCUCAGACGCCUUACGCUAUCCCUGACGUGUUUGCGGAUUCUCAGCCUGGUCUUGCAGUCGCUAAGGAUGAUACUGAAUGCAAGAUGCCCUGUGAUCACUACGUUCCGAAGCUGUCGAGUUGCGGUCUCGUCAGAUUCCAGAAGAGCACGUCUUCAUCUGGAGCUGUGGGGAAAUUGAACUUAUGGAUAUUGUUUGACACUGUUUCAUGACGACAAGAAUCCUUAUCCCACUGCUAGUCUAGUGUUCCUAGGACAAGCAAAUACAAACUUCUACUUACUAGUGGGCUCACGAUGUUGACGAUGAAAGAAUUCACUUCGAGCUCUAAUUUCCGGUCCCGUCGGCAUAGUCUACUGCGGACGCCAAACUCCUGGUGCAGCUGACGUGGUAGUUGGUCUAGUCGAGUGUUUGAAGAAGCACAACCCGAGUCAAGAAGUUCUUGGCUUCAUUGGUGGUACUGCUGGCUUCUUCACUAAGAAAUACGUUUCUUUGACACCGGAAAAACUUGCAUCCUAUCGUAAUUAUGGCUACCACCCAUGCAUUCAUCGCAAUCUGAACAUCCAUCAUUCUACCUUGGCUCUUUUCCGAAGGGGAAAGAGACCAGAGAUGUGCUUGCGGAUGCGACAGUGGCCUCUCUAAUGUCAGACAGGAGGUUUCGAACUUCUAGGUCGUAGUGAAGACAAGUUCGACAACGCUUUGGCAGUGAAACAAGUGGCAAAGGACUUGAAUCUAGCGGGUUUGGUGCUUGUCGGUGGUUGUGUGACGGCAACGAAUGCAUGUUAUGGACGAGUGGGCACUGAAAAUAUUAUUGAAGAAGACGGUGAAGACGGGAGUUAUCGUUCCCCUUCGUCUUCCUGUGGUCACAAUCUUCAUAAUUUCUUCUUUUUUCCGUCUCCAACCUAUGUAUUCUUAUUCUUAAGAAGGAAGACCUCAUCCUCAUCUUACCUCUAACCACCCUACCUCUCCGAACAACUCUUUGACGAGACCGUCCGCAUCGUCUCCGUCCCUGCCUCGAUGGGUGGCGAGCUGAGCAACCCCUUUGUCGAACAGCCUCUUGGUUUUGACUCCGUCACAAAAGCAACGGCACGUCUUGUCGGGAACACUGCUAUUGACGGAUCUAGUGCGCGCAAAUAUUGGUACUUCUUGCGGUCUAUGGAAGGACCCGCUCAUACGUCCAACGUCACUCUAGAGGUAGGCUUGCAAACGAAGCCCAAUCACUUGAUCAUCGGCGAACAAGUGUUGCGGGAAGGGCAAAGUCUGAAGGAAGUGGUCUCUGGAAUCGCCGAUGUGGUCGAAAACCGAUACACAAAUGGAAAAAAGAACUUCGGAACGGUGUUGAUUCCAGAUGGAUUGCUCUUUAGCGUGUCGGAACUGCGUGUGCUGAUCAGCGAGUUGGAUGCGCUUGACUUCCGCAGGUUAGGCCUGUGUACGCGCACGACCUUGACCGAAGCGGAAUUGACGGGAGAGUUAUGAUGAUCACUCGGUGCAAUUUUGAAAUGUUGCUUCGUGAUGUUCUCUUGACAUUGGGAUCACAUUUUUAGAGAUCAAAGGUAGAAUGCUCAGGUUGGACAGUUACAGUCGUUCUUUGGAAAAUCAACGAAGUUUCAGCAGCUUUCUAAUCCCAGACUCAUCCGAUGACUCUUCCAAAAACUCCGAGAAGCACGAGAGCUCGGAGCAGGACAUCUCACGUGCAGCCCAACAAUUAUCCGCUUUUUCGAGAGCUGUCUUUUUGCAACUGCCAGAAUAUGUCGCAGUGGGGAUGUUGGACGCUAAAUUGCGAGGUAACCGAAGCGUCAACUUGGCGUCUAUCGAAACCGAAAGAAUGCUGGCGGAUAUGGUCAAGACGGAAUUGAAUUAUGAACACGUUCAGUACCAACGUGAGGUGGAUGUAGUAGAAGAAGUUUUGUUUGAAUGCCGCGGUUGCAAAGCAACUCCUACGUGAACAAGAACUACACAAAAACCGAUCUACAAUUCUUGUCUAUCCACAUCUCCAACAUUCUUUCGUCUAAUCGAAAAGCCGUCCGAAUUACAAGGGCUCUUUCUCUCCAGUCUGCCAGUUCCUCGGUUAUCAGUCGCGCUGCACCAUGCCCUCGGACUUCGAUUGCAAUUAUGGGUAUGCCUUGGGCUGCACCGCAGCAAGCUUGGUUCUCUCCAAGAGAACAGGGUAUAUGGCAGUCUUAGGCGGAUUGAGCAGACCACAACCUGCAGAAGACGCGUCUGCGCCUAGAAGGAGCCUUGGCAGUAAGUCACUGCACGACAACUGUACCUCAUGGGCUUCUUCUCCGACAAUGAUGAGCACACAAGCAUGGCAGGCAGCGGGUGUUCCUCUUGCAGCUUUGCUGAAAAAGUUAAGGCUUCCCCUAAUCCAUCUCUCUAGACAUCCCUCAACAGUAUGCACCCCAAUACAAGGGAAGUAGUAACAAUGCAUAUCUUUGCGGGAUCCCUACAGGGAUGAAUUAGGAGAAGCUCUAAAGAGGGAAAAAACGGACUUGUUGCCACGAAUUGCGCCAUCUCCUGUUGACUUGCGAGCGCCUAGUAUCCAAAAGUGGAAGAACAUCCAGAGUGCUUGUGCGAGUGAAGAACUCUACGAAAAUCCGGGACCGGUGCAGUUCUUGGGUCCAUGCGCGGCAAAGAUUAUGAAUGUAGACAGAAAGUAAACUGGUCGUAUUUCAUAAAGGAAUAGUGAUGCAGUCUUUCGUCACUCUCUAUGACAGUCGCAUCCACGACCAACUCGCACCACAAACCCACUUACUGCAACAUAGUUCCACCCACUCCCUCCCCUUACCUCCUUCUCGUCUUCCGCUAAUCAAAGCACCGAACUCCUGAAUGCGCCUGAUGGCAGUGAUUACUUCCAGAAGAUCGCUACGGUGAAGCGCAUGCUAGAGGACAUCGGGAAAGAGUGCUUACCAGGUUGCACAGCAAAGCGAAUGCGGAUCGCCAGUAGCAGUCUAGAGAACUUGAAAGCGAUUUUGGAACAGGUGGUGGAAUAAGGGAUUUAGUGGUGGAAACGGAAUAAGGGAGUUAGGCACUCGAGAUAGUCACUAAGUGAGGGACUUGUAAUACAGCCUAGUAAAAAUGGCUCAUGCAACUGCAAGUGGUGGAAUAUAUAACAAUAAGGGUAGUUCUUGGUAAUGUUACAGUCUGAUGGCAGGUCAUGUCGUUUGCGUAUCAAUCAUAAAAAAGCAACGUUAUAGAAAAUGUGAAGUCGUUUGGUAGGAAUGUUAUGUCAUGAAGUCGUGCUGCUCGUGUGGCAAGAGCAGUGUGGACGACGAAAGCUCUUACUGACAUUGUGGUCAUCCGCAAUGUCUCAUUUUCCGAUAGUGUCAGUUCUUGGGUAGGAAUGUUAUAUCAUGAAGUCGUGCUCGUGCGGUAAAAGCAGUGUCGUGGACGACGAAAGCUCUUACUGACAUUGUGGUCAUCCGCAAUGUCUCAUUUUCCGAUAGUGUCAGUAGUCCGAGUAAUCAGCAACAGGAGGGGUAACGCCAUACUGAUCCAAUAAACUCCAUCUAGUCGUCGAUUCGCAUCGUUGUUAGGAAGAAUUUUUAUGAAGGAAAUCACAUCAUGCUGAGUUAUCAAUGUCAGCCAUCCUUUUUCGUUGUCGUAGUGAGACGGAAGUGACCACUAAGAUAGCAAUUCAUUGUACGUAAUAUUCUUACUUUUCCACUUUUAGUGUCAUGACAACACUACAUAAACAUUUUUUACUUAUAUAACAUACAAAAUAAAAUGUAUGUCGUCGAGGGUCCGUCUACUACUUGAUCUUAAAAAUCUUUUUUCUAGCACUAGCACUAGCGCUAACUUCAACAUGAUUAUGCUAUGUGAUAAACAUAAAACUAGGACCAAAUCCAAAAGGCGGCCUCCACUGAAAUUCAAAGCAGAUAAGAUUAUAACCAACUACCUCGAGGAAGAGGAUGUAAUCGCAUUUGGCGUUGUAUUUUUUGCGUCUGGAUUACUAGUGGAGGAACCUGCUCCACACACUAGUAGAAGGAGCCUAGAGGUGGAGAACUAGAAGCAGCGAAAGCCGUUUCUUGUUCAAAGUAUCUUGCCCUUGAAAUAUUUGCUGUAAGUAUGACCUGCUGGAAGAAUACAUGUUCUUCAAGGAUGUAAUAACUAC